AUGCAAGUCAAGAGCAUCCGAAGAUAUACGUCUAGGCGAUCGGGUGAACAUCUAACAGAAAGUGAAAAGAAAGAUGAUCUUCAAGGAUAUCUUAAACUUCAGAAGGAAACGAAAUCAUUAUUUAUUAAAGGUCGUUGUCAGAACCAAAAGGAGCUAUUCAUUACAUUUUUGGAGAAAGUUUUUGACUAUUGCUUCGUUAAAGGUUCUUUGAUUCCAAGAAGAUGCUUAAAAUGUGGCAUUAUUUGGCUUCCCUGCAAUUACUAUGCAAUAUGUCCUACGACAAUCUUGGAACUGUAUACUAAAGGAAGAAAUAACCUCAAUAAGGUAAUCCAAGGCCUUGACUUAGAUUUAUUUAUGCAAAGAGGAACGAAAUUCGUUCAACUUGCGGAGUUCUUUAACUAUAGCUACCAAGAAGUAUAUUGUAAGUUCUCUAUCCGCAUCUGCAACAACAAUGAAUUGCUUGAAAAAUUCCAUAACAGAGCUUUUCCCAUUUUCGAAGCGCCCCCAGAAGAUAUCAUUAAAGAGUUUCAAACUUUUGAUACAUCAUUCUGUGAUAUGCCUGAUGAAUAUAAAUUGUGA